UCAUCUGGCACUUUUUCUCCUUCUGCCACGUACAUGCUGUUAUUUCUCUAAAUAAAGCUUCAUCUCUGUUGGAGAACGGAGCUCACGCUAAAUUGUUUAUAAAACUUCCAAAUCGCCUGCAGCGAGCAACAGUUGAGAAAAGACUGGAACGAGAGACUAGAUCACAAAGAACUCUGGGACUGCAAUGGCGGACGGAUUACUGUAAGUUGUUGACUUUUUCCUCGAGCAGAUAAUGGAAUUUUCUGCAAUUUUAGCUCAAGGAACUGCCCCAAGCAAGCGUGCAUUUCAUUCCUGUUCUGUUGUAGAAGGUUCACUGUAUAUUUUCGGCGGAAUCACAGAUGACAGAACGGUUUUAAGUGACAUGUACCGAUACGAUGUCUCCUCAAAUUCUUGGAGUGCGAUGGAAAGUCCUGUCCCUAGAGGUUCGCAAAGCAAACCUGUAGUUUCGUCAGUAUUUCCUAAAGGAAGACUUUGCACAGCACCCAGUGUCAGUCAUCAUACGGCGACGGUAAUACGGGGUCGUUUUAUCCUGAUCAUAGGUGGCUGGAAUGGACGAAAGAGAUGCGCCGAUGUGUUUUGUUUCGACACUGUUGAACAAUUUUGGCGCCACAUUCCGGAAUCAGGGGAGGUUCCCGUUGGCUUAAGCUCACAUACAGCAACGUUAGUUUCUUCUAAAGAUAUUUUAAUUAUCGGGCGAGAAGGGGGUGUUCACACUCAGAGGCGCUUUGCUGGUGCUUUUUAUUUCAACUUUGAAACUGGAAAAUACACUGAGGCCCCAUAUCAUGCUAGUUCUCGAUCAGGUCACACGUCAAAUUUAAUUCCCAUCAGAGCUAGCAAGGAGAAUCACUUGUUUGUCUUCGGAGGCCGAAAGAGUGGGGGUUACGAAUUAAUUGGUUCCUGGAACAAAAUUGAAGAAACUGAAUCCUCGUUUCCCAAACAGAGACUAGCCGAGUUGAUUAAGAAGUCCACCGUUUGCGAAGAACCUUGUGGCAGACAGCAUGCUAAGGCAGUUGAACUUGACAGUAAACAUUUGUUUAUUUUUGGUGGAGAGACAUGGAGUGGGGUGCGAGAAAAUGUAACAAAUGAUGCGUUCAUUUUAGAGUCGGACAGAAUGAGGUGGUAUAAGUUACCACCCAGUGGAAAUGUUCCUAAACUUGUUGGACAUUCUAUGGUUGGGACAGGUGAUAAGAUUUUUGCCUUUGGUGGUGGAGUUGGUAACAAGCACUGCAACACUCUUUGGGAAGUAAAGAUUUAACUUCAGUUUAUUUCAUGUCGUUGCUUCAAAAUUUAGGAAACAAAUGUAUUUUUCAGAGGUCACGUAAUUGAAUUUUUAAAGUCAUGUUGGACUAGAUGAGUUGAAGAUGUCAAGAGAAAACAGCGAAAAAAAUACGAAGUGUUGAACUUAAAGUCAUAAGAAACAAAAUAGGUAGCCAUGCCACGUUUUUGUUGGAGAAAACUUGUCGGUUUGAACUGAUCUGUUAUUUAUACGUUCCGUGCACACUGAAUGAAUCUGUCUUCCUUUCAUGUAACUGACAUUUCACAUUUGCUCAUUUACACGUUUACGAUUGAAAGACCAACGCCCUUAUUCGUAAGUCCUAACCCCUAACACAGAAGCUAUGAAACGUUAGCUACUGAUAUUUUCAUUCAGGACACACCGGUGAGUAAAUUAGCACCCUUUAUACCCGAAUUCUGGAAAUUUCAGAAAAAACAAUUGCAAUCAUUUUUCAUUUCUGUCCAGUAAUACCUCUGAAAAAAAAAAAUACAGUCAGGGAGAGGGGAGCGUUCAGGGUCAUGUGGUAUACAGCCUCGACUUUCAUGGAUUUUGGAGGACACCAUUUGCAAAAAACAAAAAAUGCAACUCGUAAGUGGAAAGGGAACGCCUGGGUAUGACUGGAAAAAACCU